CACGCAGCAAACAUGGCUCUGCUCGACUACCUUCUCAUUAUCCCAUCCCUAGCCCUAUCUCUGGCGGUGGUUGUACCUCUCACAGGCGUUCUAGUCCGCUUCCGAGCAAACUAUACACCUCGCGGUCUUGCUCUCGAUGCUGAAGGCAGUGCGCUUCCGCAUACUGGUCCAACUCUCAAUUCAUUCUGGGCAACGGGGAAGAGAGUUUACAGAUUAGAGGGCGUUUCUGGCUUUUACAAAGGUCUAAUGCCUACACUCUUGACGGCGACGGUCAUGUCUAUCGUCAUUCUCUUAUUCGUCGAUUCUUCGGGGGGCAGUCCUGGCCGUCAUGGAUAUCGACCUCCGUCAACAGGCGUACUCGGCACCUUUAUUUACGCUCUCAGCUUGGUUGUGUUGAGUCUUCCCAGCGCCAUCAUCACAUAUCGUGCCAUUACUACGCCGCAUAAACUACCCUAUUUCGGUCCAAUGAAAUCUCUCCGCGUUCUUCUCACCCCAACCGAGCGCAGUCGACCAUGGAUUAUAUAUCUGACUCCAGGCUUAUUGGCCACCCAAUUUGUCCAUACCGCAUAUAUUACACUGGUUCUUGGACCUCUACAUCGAUUACUUGUCCCACUUGCAAUGGGACCUGGUGGUGUCUCAUAUCCUGACACCUCUCCGCUCAAAUUCGCCAUCUGCAUUGCGAUCAUUCUACUUUCUACAGGUCUUUUGACGCCACUCGAGGUCAUCACUGUCCGUUUGGCGAUCCAGCGCAACCAAUCCUCUUCCGACUAUAACUCGGUCUCUCAAGAAGUUGAAGGGGAUGCUGAAGAUUUGCCUGAAUACGCUGGUGUGGAGGAGGAUGUAAUUGGAUUGCGUACUGAAAACGAGCCUUACACUGGGCUUGUUGACUGCGCAAAGACGAUAGUCAAUGAAGAAGGGUUCCGUGCGCUGUACCGCGCUUGGUGGGUCACCAUCCUUGGUGCAUUCGCGAGUGCAUUGGGUUAA